AUGAACAUAACUGAUGAUUCUGAUACGGACGUAUACGACAAACCUAAAUUUAAUAGUACUGUACUGGGAUUGGAUGAGCGAUCAUAUAUACGAGAAGAGAGCGAAAAUACCCGACAGAAUGCUCUGAAAUUAUCUCCGAUUCCGAAAGAUCAAGUGCAGUUCAUAGGUUCCAAUUGCAGUUUAUUAUCGGAGCAACAACGCUUUCCUAAUUCCGAAGAAUGCUCGGAGCUUCAAGAUUCUGACACAAAGGUUAAAAAAAUAAAGCUUAGAGAGGAUGCAUCGCCAUCAUUUAUAGAACCAAAUUCUAAAUCUUCUGAAGCUGGUAAAGAAAAUAUAGAAAUAACUGCUUUGGAAUCCAACAUUCUUUCUGAAAGAUCGAUUCGACUGAAGAAUAAUAGUACUACACGUUCUCAUAUAACAAAUCCAUUCGAUAGUGAUAUGGGAAGCCUUUGUGCAACCACAUACAGUCCAAGUCUUUUUAAUAACUCUAAGAGAAAUAUAGAAUGUGAAACUCCAGAAAAAUCAUUUCGUUGGUCAAUUGGACAAAUGGCAGAUUUUCAUCCGGCGGUUAUUGAUGAAGCUGAAUCGAUGUGUCAAACACCGGAUCCAGUUGAAGACGCUCAAAUGAAUAAAGCUAUUGAUAAAUUUUGGGCAUCCCAAAAAUAUGUGUUGCCAUCUCCUUAUUUUAUGAAAGGAUCAGCUAAAUCAGAACAAGACAGUAGUCCAAGCAUGAUAAGGAGAUCACGAGCUUUGGUGCAGGAAUCUCCGCUUGCUCGGCCUGUUCAAUCAGGACGAUCUGUUGAAGUGCAGACUAUGUUUACGUUUCCACCAAACCUUGACUUAAUAGGACUUCUAGGCAAAUGCUUUCAGUAUGAAGAAGGUGAGGUGCCGAUUUUUGAAGCAAACUUAUCACUGAAUACAUUGCGUCGUAAGCUUUUCCUCGAUGCAUUGUCGUCUGAAAUAAACACCGAAAAUGAAGAUGAGAGUUCGAUAGCAAUGACUGCCGAUGACAACUACAACGACCAAGAACCGUUUGGCCAUGAACGUCCAGCAUGGUAUCAUCCAAAUGAUGAGAUAAUAUCAACAAGGAAAGUUUCAUCUGAUGGUAUUAUAAAUCCAAAUCAAGAGGGCGAAAUCAAUAAUCGUUUGCUUUCUCCAGACAUUUCACCAAUAAAAAAUUAG